AAUGUUUUUUAAGUCAAUACAGUUUUCGUUUGUGUUCGAAACUGUUUGGGCUUCAGCUUCAAAAUUCCUCGUUAAUUGGCUGCCGGCGGACCAGCUGCUUUGGCAACGAGCACAAAAACAGGCUACGGGAUUAAGGGAUCCAAGACACCACCAGCAACCCCAGUACAUAGCAUCACAGCAGCAGCAGCCACGCUCGAGCCUGCCAUGGCCACCAAAGGACACCCACCUACACAACGCAGCGCGACCAGCCUGCCGUUGCCGACGAAUCACCGCAGCCGGUACUACAAUCCCGUCUCGAAGAUUCAGUCGAUCAUCCACAACCUGGACUCUGAGCUGGGGCAGCUGUGCAGUCUGUGUUCGGGGCCAAAGCCGCCAGGCAGCAGCAACAAUAACGACAGCAGCCACCACAGACGGGGCCACGGGGCCACCGUUGCCGCUGGAGCACUUGGAUCAAGGGCCCAUGCCAAGCACAAGAUAAGCGACCAAUAUUACCAGGAUAGCAUCAGUAAAUUGCUGGCCCGGACACGCUCCACAUCGACCUAUGGCUCCGUCAUACCACCAGCACGCUUGCCUCUGGCGCCCGAUGCACAGAGGCGUCAGCUGAGGAACGUGUACCGGACGCGGGUGAUGGAUGCCUAUCGCAACCGGAGAAUCUUCACGGUGCACGGCAACUAUCAUACAGUGCGACGGGCCCUGUUGAGGCGAGGUUGGCUGGAGAAGCUGCCGGCUUCGCGGUACACCAAUCUGCAGAGCAUGUCCGAGGAUUCGCUGCUGGAGCAUGCGCGACGGGGCAACGACUACGAGACGGUGGUCCUAUCGAAGAUGGUCAGCAAUUUUCCCUCGUUCUUCAUUUGGCAGGGCAAGGGUCAGCGCGAUCUGUUCGCCGAGGUGCGGCCAUUCCGCAACCGGGUGAGGCGCAGCCAUUUCCUGGACUUCUCCACCAAGGUGGGGCUGGUCGGGUGCGCCGAGCAGGAGGGCUGGUAUCGCGAGGACGGCGUCUGCGGCAUGAGCUAUCCGCGCUUCUAUCGCCUGGGCAGCAAGAGUGUGGAGGAGCGCAUGGCCUUCAUCGAGGACUACCAGCAGACGCAGGCGCGCUCCGUGCUGCGAUACAUCAUGGAACAUAAGCCCCAGGAGCUGAUAGACACGGACAACGGCACCAUCAUGAGCAGCCACCUGGACUUUGCCCUGACCAAGGUCAAGCAAAUGGUCAGACAGGCGCAGCACUGCUCCCUCGACGAUGCGCGGGCCAAGCCGCCCACACCCACCGAAGUCGUGGAGAUCCAAACGUUCAUGGUGCAGUCCGCGGAGGUGCUAAAGUCGCAGGCCAAGUUCCGGGUGAACGAGACGGUCAUGAAGGAGUACGUCCGCCUGGCGACCCAAUAUAUCGACCAGAUCGAGAGCCUGCGUCCCGACUAUCGCUGGGAUGGCAGCCGCAACCUGUGGAUCCUCAAGCCGGGCUAUCAGUCGCGUGGCAUUGGCAUCGUCAUACGCAGCUGCCUGGAUGAGAUUCUCCAAUGGACAUCGAGCAAUCAGAUCAAGAAGUACAUUGUCCAGAAGUACAUAGAACGUCCCUAUCUGGUGUAUCGCACAAAGUUCGACAUACGCCAGUAUAUGCUGCUGACAAUUGGGGAGUCAAAGGUAACCGUGUGGACAUAUCGCGAUUGCUAUCUGCGCUUCAGCUCGCAGGAGUUCACCAUGGACGAUCUGCGGGAGUCGAUCCAUCUGACCAACAAUUCGGUGCAGAAGCGCUACAAGAACAAGCUGAGUCGCGAUCCCCGCCUGCCCAGGAGCAACAUGUGGUCGCUGGACCAGUUCAAGACCCAUCUGCGGGCAGUGUGUGCUCCGGAUGACACGUGGUCGAACAUCUACAAUGGCUUCAAACAGAAUCUGGUGGCCGUGGUGAUGGCCAGCCUGGAUGAGACCGAACUGGUGAAGAACGCCUUCGAGCUGUAUGGCUGCGACUUCAUGCUGGACGAGCACUACAAUCCCAUCUUGAUUGAGAUCAACGCCACGCCGGAUAUGUCACCCUCCACGGAGGUCACAGCCAAGAUUUGUCCCGUUGCCAUCAAGGACUGCAUACGCGUGGUGGUGGAUCUGGCCAAGAAUCCCUUGGCACCCACCGGCCUGUUCGAGCGAGCCUUUGAGGUCAACUACACCAUCAACAGAGGCUCCGAUGGUGUGCAGCAUCCCCUCGAGCUCAACGGCAAGCAGAUGACCAUCUUCGAGGACCUGCCCAAGCUCAAGAACAAAAAUCGCACCCGUAUACUCCGCGAAAUACUCAGCAAUAUGAAGGUCUCUGCGGGUCGCAAGCUGGACAAGAUGAAGAAGGCACCGGCCAAAGAGGCCAAGGCAAACGCUUCCUCCAAGAAGAAGUUCCCUCAAAAGAAGGUGCCAAGGAGGGCGUCUAAGUCAAGGGCGAGUUUGGAGGCACCUGCAGAGCUCCAACAUUCGGGACCCAAGACGAUCUUGAGCUCAGCCACUCGCGAGAAUCUGGCACUAGAACAUACAGCACCAAAGGGAUUUCCACUGCCGGAGAGAAGAAUGGGAGGCAUCUCCACUCUGUCCCAGAUGGCAGCCGUACCGCCACCUUAGAGCCUCAAAGAUCUACCGGAAAUGGAGCGUCAAUCGCUGCAUAUAAAAUUAGCUCGGAAGUAAAAACCUUUGGACAUCAAAAGGACUCUUAAUAAAUCGGCCGGCAACAACAAGCAGCAGCAGAAAUAAAGAACAUAUUAUAAUAUUUAAAUCGGAGAUCUGCCGCCAGACUAUGGGCCAAAAGGUAAGACAGAGAAAUGAGAAGGUUUUCUGCAUUUGGUUAUCUGACUUGCCUUUGUUUUUUUCUUGCAGCAAAUUCAGCAAGGCAAAUGUAAGGGCACAAGAUUGUUGCCCAAAAGAGAGAGAAAGAUAGUAAUCUCAAAAGCCUGCUCUUACGUUUCUCUUAGUGUAGAUAUUUAGAUCUCUCACUCUAAAGUAAAUGGCUGUCUUGGUCGGGAAAAUAUCAUCUGCUGCGGUUGUUUAUAAUGUAAAUAGGUUGGGGCCUGUGCGCAAACAUAUCUAAUAAAAUGAUAAAGUAGCUCUGCCA